CUUUUUUGAAAUGCACACAGUUCCAAUUUGAUACAGUUUUCGAACGAAAAUGUUUCUAGAAAGUGCGAUUCUGUGUCUUUUUGUCGUUUUGAAAACAAGUUGCGGGGGUUUGUUAACGAACGACACUACAUACGACGAUGGUGAAUAUUUUGAAGUGGGGAAUCAUUUGGCUUAUGGGAGAAGUAGCCGCUCGCCAUGGAAUUAUGGUUCGCCGCCAUUGUACUUUGAUUGGAGAGACAGAGACAUGGUCGGUCCUGUCAAGAAUCAAGGGCAAUGCAACGCGUGCUGGGCCUUCGCCAUUGCAGCGAACAUUGAGUGUCAAUUAGCCAUUUAUCUCAACGAAAAAGAGCAGCUUUCAGAACAAUUUUUAAUGGACUGCCUUCCUGGUGACGCUGGAUGUGGACCAUACUCUAUGCUUAAGGCAUACAGCUACAUAACAUCAGUCAUAGGCGGAGUGGUUCGUGACACCGAGUAUCCCCACUACAUGGAACGACCAUCCAACUGUUCAUGGUCGCGGCCACCGCCGAUUCCGAGGCCUGUCACGGGGUUCCGAAGAGUGGCAUGUGAUGAAAAAAAAAUGGUCAUGGAUCUCUUUGCCUAUGGACCUCUAAGUGCUGCGAUAAACCCGGCAACCAUGAACAAGUACCAUGGACACUACAUAGACGAGCCCACGGAAGAGCAGUGCUCAUCAGAUUCCUCCCAAAUGACCCAUGCGGUCUUAAUCGUCGGAUACAAUGUUUACAUGGACCCGAAUGGCCCCAGCACCCGAACAGUACCAUAUUGGAUUAUCAAGAACUCCUGGGGUGACACCUGGGGUGACAAUGGCUACUACUAUUUGGUGCGCGGGCGCAACGCGUGCGGCAUCGCCAACGAUGUUUCCUUAGCUUUUGUUGAUUGAUGUGAAUAAAUAAAGGUGACAGUGGUUUCGGGAUUUUUUGCGACAAGGUACUCAUAGUUUAACAUACUUAAAGGGAAAUAUUAAACAGAUCUUAACAGA